AUGCAUUGUACAACAUUACUUUUGGAGGGGAUGCCAACAUUACCAUGCUACCCCCAUCACCAAUACCAUCUGUGGCCAGUGUUAUGAGUAGUGGCCAGCUGUGUCUGUCACCCACUGUGCAAGUACGGAGGAAAGGAAGCAACACAGUCAUACACAUGCCACAUCCAGAAGACAGCAGUUCUAAGCCAGCACAGUGGAAUAUUCAGUCUCCUGUAGCCAAAAAGGCCAAAUCAAAAUCAAGCAUGAGAGACAAAAACACUUCGUCUAGACAGCCUGUCAUAGAGUCAAGAACUGAUUUACGAAGAAGUGGAAGACACAGAGAUACAUGA